UAAUGUAUUUUGUAACUGCAGUACACAUAAUACUAAUUUUAAACAAUUUUGUCCAGGUUCCUUGUCACCAGGGACUCCUUUAGGACCAUCGCGUUCAGUUUUAGAGUUGGUGUGUCCACGGUGAGCCAGAUCAUCCCCCAGGUAGCGACAGCCAUUUGGGACUGUCUAGUGGAUGACUUCAUGGCUGUGCCUUCACCUGGAGACUGGCGGUCCAUCGCAGAGGGAUUCCAGGAGCGCUGGAACUUUCCUCUCUGCUGUGGAGCUCUGGAUGGGAAGCACAUCCAGACGAAGGCACCCCCCAACUCAAGAUCCAUGUUCCACAACUACAAGGGAACUUUUUCCAUUGUUCUCCUUGCGGUUGUGGAUGCAGGGUAUCGCUUCCGCGUUAUUGAUAUUGGGGGGUAUGGGAGGACCAGCGACGGUGGUAUUCUGGCCAACUCCACCUUUGGUCAGGCUCUUCGGGCUGGGACUCUCCAUCUGCCUCCUGACCAGCCUCUACCUGGUGGAGAACACCGUGGAGCCCAGCCCCAUGUCUUUGUGGCUGAUGAAGCGUUCCCGCAGCGGCGGGAGCUCAUGAGGCCUUUCCCUGGACGCCUCCUCCCAUUAGAGAAGAGGAUCUUUAACUAUCGCCUUUCCAGGGCCCGGAUGAUAGUGGAGUGUGCCUUCGGUAUCCUCUCCUCACAGUGGAGGUUGUAUUGGUGUUCCAUGGAGCUCCGUCCUGAAAUUGCGGAGAAGUGUGUGAAGGCAACGUGUGUUCUCCACAAUUUUCUGCACUGUUUAGACGAGAGAAGUGCACCUGCUGUGAGGGGUGUGGCACCUGCUGUGGUGGAGCCGUUGCAAGGCCUGGGUCGUGUAGCAGCAAACAACUCCUCCAGAGAGGCUGUCCUGGUGAGGGAGAAAUUCAUGGCCCACUUCUUGGCGGAGGGAGCUGUGUCUUGGCAGCCAAAAGAAUAUCCUGUUUGAAGUCCGAGUGACUUCCCCACAACGGCUCUUUUAAGAGCCACCCACAAACCUCUAAAGAGUGUUCCUGCCUUUUUAAAAUUUUCUUAAUAAACUAACCUCUCUUUAUUCUCUUCAAUAAUUGGUCUUCACUAUGUUCCUAUAUACAGUAGGAUGCAAAAGUUUGGGCAACCUUAUUAA